CCGUGGCUGGCAGGCAUCCUCGGAGUCUCAGGCACUGGCGGAGAGGGAGCGACAGUGGCCCUCCUGCGUGCGUGAGGAGCAGACCUCAGCGUUGCGUCUCCUCGCCCCACAGUCCUUGCCACCGCCAGGCCGCGCCGCCCAGCAGGCCGCUCACUGAGGCGAAAUUGGAUAAAACAAUAAUCCUGUCCCAUUCUUCCGCCCUCCGUGACACUUUCACGGGAGUCUUGGCUCGUGCAACUCUUCGUUAGACGUGAUAGUUUAGUGGCCCUUGACAGGGGGCAGUUCAAAAAUAUAUUAAUGCAUGUGAACUAGAGAAAACUUUUCGUUGAGUGGAAACCACAAACAUGAGAGUGUUAGGGAGGAUGUGUCCCAAUUACUGUGAUGUUUUACACCGGUGAGUGACAAGAGUGGGUGAAAGAGCCGGCGUCUGGCUCGUGUCGGUAAGACAGGGUGAGGGAGGGAGAGGGAAUACCCUUAACACGUCAUCAAGUGAAGCUGUGGCAGGUUGUCGCCGGUAAGUGAGGCGCGGACAGCCAACGGUCGGCAGAGCGGUGAAAAAAAAAUGUGCAGCUUUCUUGGAUCCCGGGGGCGAGGCUCCAGCACCACCCACUGGAUAGUAACCCUACUGGUGGUGGCGGCAGCCUUCUCGGUCCUGGGACUCUCGGCCAGAGCCACCUCGGCCUUCGGACUUGACGGUACGAGUCCGCGUCACACCUGGGUGAUUCACCAAGACGGAAUGAAGCCGCUGCGCUACUGGAAGAUCUUGCAAAAUGGUGGACUGUCGAGGGAGCAGCCGCCUUCACGCCCGGAACAGAUCUGGGACAAUCCUCUACUGCGCCCUGCCUUUGACACUAACACCACCACGGUCGUCAUCACCUCCACGGGCCGCGCCGCCUACCUGCACUGCCGCGUCAACCACUUGGGAAACAGAGCGGUGACGUGGCUGAGGAAGAGGGACGCGCAUGUUCUCACAGUAGGGCUCUUCUCCUACACUUCCGACCAACGCUUCACACCCUUGCACUCUGAAGGAUCCCCUGACUGGGUCCUCAAGAUCACCAGUCCGCAGAAGAGGGACUCCGGGAUCUAUGAGUGCCAGGUAUCCACGGAGCCCAAGAUCUCACGCGCCUUCAACCUCAGCGUAGUUGAGUCCAUGGCGGUGAUUGAAGGCUCCAGGGACAUCCACAUGAGUCCCGGCAACACCUUGAAUCUUACUUGUUCCACCACCGAGCCUGCCGACCUGCCCUCCUACUUCUACUGGUACCACAACGGAGAAGUCGUGCACUACUCUGGCAAGAAGGACAUGGCGGUGCAGACAGCGGAGGGCACCUCGCGCCUUGGGGUGGUGGACGUGGGGCCAGAACACUCUGGGAACUACACCUGUGUACCUGAGAACGCAGCCCCGGCCACCGUCACCGUCUACGUGCUCAGAGGAGAACACCCCGCAGCCAUGCAGAGAGGCGAAAGCUCCACCGCAGUGCCUCAAGUCUCCUUCCUCAUCCUCCUCGCCGUCUGCUCCGUGCUCAUCGUCCUCGCCAGAUGAUGAGGUUCCCCGCCACCCAACUCAAAAGACAAGAACGACGACGACAACAACCUCGCGGCCUGAGAAGGAGGGUCGUUUUUCCUGCGUCUGUUUGUUUGUUUGUCUAUCUAUAUGCCCCCGAUGCAGACAAACAGACUUCUCUUGGAGGUGAUGAAAAGAUGUGCUGGUAGAACAGUCUUGACUUGUGUGUGUGUGUGUGUGUGUGUGUGUGUGUGUGUGUGUGUGUGUGUGUGUGUGUGUGUGUGUGUGUGUGUACUACUGGUGAGUGAUUGCUGGCGAGAUGACUGACUCCACUCCAUGUUAUUACUAUUGCUUAUUGGUUGGUAAAUUGACUCAGUUUAUCUGAUUCGACUCAUUGCAAAGUGUUUAUAUAAGAUGUCUGAUCGACUGUUUGACUGACUGACUGACUGAAUGAAUGACAGACUAAUUGCCUGGUUGACUGAUUAAUUAACAGACUAAAUGACUGCGUAGUCUUUGGACCAACUCAAUAUUAUUGUCCUAAUGGUUGUGUUGGAAGGCUGGCUAAUGAGAUGGGCUUCAUUCCUUGAGUCUGCUUCACAGCUGGUGUCUGAAAAAUGUAGUUGGCAAUGGAGGUAAAGACUGUCUAUGUCUGUGUCUUAACAUUGUCUCUGUACGUGCCUGUCUGGAUGCAUGUAUGUACAAAUGCCUCUCUGUCUCUUUGGCUGGGUGAAUUGGAAGAUUGGUCAUUGGCCAGCAGACUAGUUUGCUUAAUAAAUUUAUGGAUUGUAAGUCGAUCGUUAACUGCGCGCGUGGCUCUCAGGAGGGAUGGCCAGAGGUUGAGGAAUUUGGUUUGAUGGUUGAGUGACAAGCUGGCAAAACCUGCCUGGCUGUCUGACGGACUGAUAAACUGACCCUAGACGAGCCAACCGGCGGAACGAAAGAACAUUAAGCUCAGCUGCAACGCACCAAUGGGAGGCCUUACCGGUGGCCGCACAGCCCAAUGAACUCUGACAGGAUGGUCGAUGAAGCACCACGCCUGCGUGCCAAAAUUAAUUAAUCAUUGGGGGAAAGCACGACGCCUGGCGGGUACGCGGCACGCACACUAAUCAAUCAGCGUGACUCACGUCUUUGGAAAGCCACACCCGAGGCUGAAGGUCCAAUACUGUGCUGCCUAUUAGCUCAACCACCCAUAGCGCCCAUGGUCUAUGUUCCAAGAAUCAGAAAACGGGAUUUAGUGUCGCAGGCAAAGCUACAAUUGGACAGUGAGAGUAACGGCUCGACCAAUUAAAGGCUCGGCACUUUCGGUGUUCUUGUCAGCCUGCCAAUCAGCGACGGCGACGUCAUCCAAUUAGUUGUGGCCAGGCAGCGCGGUGAUUGGUCAAGCUGCGCCAGGUGCCACUCAAGGCUGGACACUGACGCCACAGAACUUUCCUAAAUGAAUUCAUUACCUGAUUAGGAGAACACAAAGACAGACAGACAAACAGACAGACAGACAGGAAGGCAAACACAGACAACGAAACGAACGGACAGGCAGACAGACGGACAGACGGAGAAACGGGAAAAACAAAUCACCAAGCAUGAAAUACGAACACAUUGUUGCAUAUCUUUACUCACACACACACACACACACACACACUCACACAUACACACAUACACACACACACACACACACACACACACACACACACAUAUUAAUAAAUCCCAAUUCGUAAAACACGAGAGCUAUAAAUUCCAUAAUGAAGAGCGGAACCUAAACACCUCGGGCUCCUAUCCAUCCCUGCUGCCGGACACGCCCACACAGCAGCGCCUCCAUCAGCGCGCUGCAGCGACUCCAGGAGCGAAAGAAAACUCAUAAAUUUUACACCAGAAUUAAUGUUUUCAAGAGCCUCCCCGGGGAAAGACAGACAGACAGACAGAGAGAGAGAGAGAGAGAGAGAGAGAGAGAGAGAGAGAGAGAGAGAGAGAGAGAGAGAGAGAGAGAGGACAUAUCGACAAAAGAGGCAGAAUGACAUGUAGACAGGCAGACAGACGGACAAAUAACGCAAACAUACAAAGGAAAGGGCCGCUAAUCGCUCACUCACACACACACACACACACACACACACACACACACACACUGAGAGCACGUGAUCGACAAGACAAGAAGGGAAUGGAAUGAAGGAAUAUAAAGAAAAAAAUAUGUGAAAUACGUGAAAGGAAUAAAGACAAAAAGGAUUUAUGAGCAGAUAGACAAAUUUACGUCCUGAAAAAAAAAGAAGAAAACAAAAACUGAAGAAUUUUUUUUGUGCGAAAACUGUAUAACUAAGUCCGUCAAAAGGAUUCAACUCUUCAAUAAAAACAAAAAAGUAAAAAAAAAAAAAAAAAAUGUCAUGUAUAUAUUGCCAUAACGACGAUAAAGGCUCUGUUCCCUUGCACUCAUAUCAGAUUGACAGGAUCUGAUGGAAGCUGCCAGACCGUUUCUCGUAUAUGUAUUUAUGUACACGUUCCCGGUUGCGUUAUGGCGGAUCCAGAGAGGCGUGACUCUUUGAUGUUUUGCUUGCCGUGUCGUAAAGCCUCGAUACUACUUCGGAAAAUGUAUAAAAAAUGCUUCACCGGGUCCAAAGACGAAGCAUUUAUUGAGGGGGAGCGAUAUUUUGAGGCCUAUCAUUCGUCUCCGCAUCAUAAUAAUUUUUUUUUUUUUCUCUCUCAAUGUAAAUAGUGUGAAGUUGCAUUUUAUACUCUGUACAAGGCGAUAACGGAACGCAAGUGUACUCCAUUGUGUGUUCCUCGGGGGAGACACUAAAACCUGAACUAUACACGUAACUCACCUAAUUCCCACGUAUCCCUUCCUCCCCCCCUCUUCCCCAAAAAGAAGCGGCCGUUGUAUAUAUCGUAGCAAGAAUAUUACUGUGUUCUCAUAUAGAGUAGAGUGUACGUCACCGUUUUAUAUUGCGUUUUUAUUUUCACUUGGAUCACCACCUUUUUAUAUCACACGUCACUCACACACUGCGAUUUGUUGUUUUUUAUCACCUUUUGUCACAUUCCAUUCACUCAUACACUGCCUUAUUUACUUUUCUCUCUCUCUCUCUCUCUCUCUCUCUCUCUCUCUCUCUCUCUCUCUCUCUCUCUCUCUCUCUCUCUCUCUCUCUCUCUCUCUCUCUCUCUCUCUCUCUCUCUCUCUCUUCGAUUGCUGACUUUUAUAUUCUACAUCAUCACACACACUCUGUUUUCUGUUCUGUGUAUUAUCUUUAUCAAUAUAUUUUUUUUUUUUUUUGGUUACAUGUAAUUCAUAUACUUAUUUCUUUUAUAUACAUGGACAAUCUUAUGCCUCCUGUAACACUCACACUCCUUUACUUCCUGAUGUGUCCUCAUAUGUUUUUGUUAUUUUUCAUUAUACUAUAUAACUUACCCAGUUUUUUGUUGAUUUGUCCACCUUAAUUUUUUUUUAUAAAUUCAUUUAUGUUCGUUUUCUAUUUUGUCACGAACUUUCACUCCUCACAAAUUCACUUCGUCAGUUUUUUUUUUUUUUUUUUUCACUUUGAUCAACAACUUUUAUAAUUCACAUCACUCACACCAAACGUAUUCUUACCAAAUUUCCUUUCCAUACCACAUCGUCAUUGCCUUCCAUCAUUUUCUGUGUUACGACCCAGUGCAUUUUCUCUAUUUACUCAUCCACGUUUGAGGCUUAUCUGGGUUUUCUGCAUUAUUUUUCUUGACUCUGUAGGUAAAAGGUAUACAAUUAAGGCGAUAAGGUGGUAUAUGAUUAGUGUUCUCAGCUACCCUCCCCCACCCAAAGAAAGCUGUUUCGUAGUUCCAAGACAAAUAUUAGUGUGUUAUUUGUCUAUGUGAUCAAUCAAUGGAAUAAAAUGUAUUUUUAGACG